AUUAAAAAGAAAAACUGAUUCUAGUUUGAUUUAUAUUACGUAGCAUAUUUCACUUUGGCUUUAAUGAUGGAGAAAAACUAUGUCCUGUAUUUUCUGUUCCUCUUGCCUGUGUUAAUGAUUCUUGUCACAGCAGAAUCCGAAGAAGAAAGCCCUGAUGGCUCUAUUCAUUUGGGGGUUACUAGAAAUAAAAUCAUGACAGCUCAAUAUGAAUGUUACCAAAAAAUUAUGCAAGACCCCAUUCAACAACCAGAAGGAGUUUACUGCAACAGAACCUGGGAUGGAUGGCUGUGCUGGAAUGAUGUGGCCGCAGGCACUGAAUCAAUGCAGCUCUGCCCUGAUUACUUUCAGGACUUUGAUCCCUCAGAAAAAGUUACAAAGAUCUGUGACCAAGAUGGAAACUGGUUUAGACAUCCAGCAAGCAACAGAACAUGGACAAAUUAUACUCAAUGUAAUGUGAACACACAUGAAAAAGUGAAGACUGCACUGAAUUUGUUCUACCUGACUAUAAUUGGACAUGGAUUAUCUAUAGCAUCACUGCUGAUCUCACUUGGCAUUUUCUUUUAUUUCAAGAGCCUCAGCUGCCAAAGGAUCACCUUACACAAAAAUCUGUUCUUCUCUUUUGUUUGUAACUCUGUUGUAACAAUCAUUCAUCUCACUGCAGUGGCCAACAACCAGGCCUUAGUAGCCACAAAUCCCGUUAGCUGCAAAGUGUCCCAGUUCAUUCACCUUUACCUGAUGGGCUGUAAUUACUUUUGGAUGCUCUGUGAAGGCAUUUACCUACACACGCUCAUCGUGGUGGCAGUGUUCGCAGAGAAGCAACACUUGAUGUGGUAUUAUUUUCUUGGCUGGGGAUUUCCCCUGAUUCCUGCUUGCAUUCACGCUGUUGCCAGAAGCUUAUAUUACAAUGACAAUUGCUGGAUCAGUUCUGAUACCCAUCUCCUCUACAUAAUCCACGGCCCAAUUUGUGCUGCUUUACUGGUGAAUCUUUUUUUCCUACUGAAUAUUGUGCGUGUUCUCAUCACCAAGUUAAAAGUUACACACCAAGCAGAAUCCAAUCUCUACAUGAAAGCUGUGAGAGCCACUCUUAUCCUGGUGCCAUUGCUUGGCAUUGAAUUUGUGCUGUUUCCAUGGCGCCCCGAAGGAAGGAUUGCAGAGGAAGUCUAUGACUACGUCAUGCACAUCCUUAUGCACUAUCAGGGUCUUUUGGUCUCUACAAUUUUCUGCUUCUUUAAUGGAGAGGUUCAAGCCAUUCUGAGAAGAAACUGGAAUCAAUACAAAAUCCAAUUUGGAAACGGUUUUUCCCACUCGGAUGCUCUCCGGAGCGCAUCUUACACAGUGUCAACCAUCAGUGACGUUCCAGGUUACAGUCAUGACUUUCCUAGUGAACACUUAAAUGGAAAAAGCAUCCACGAUGUUGAAAAUGUUAUCUUAAAACCAGAAAAGUUAUAUGAUUGAAAACAGGGAGAUGAUUGCCUGUUUUGUGCCACUUCUAACUCAAAGACUUGGAUUCAUGACUUUAUAGCCAGAAGACUUCAGUAUUAAAUGAAUUUUUUGAAUGUCAUAAAGAAAAGCACCCCAGGAAUUCAGUAAUGUCUUAUUGCAUAACAGCCAGCUCUCUGUAAGAAAAAAACAUCCUGGUUUGUAAUGUUUUCCAGGAAAUACUCUCACCAUGACUGAUGUCAAACUACCAACCUGACAUGUGGAGCGUGGAACUGGAGAAAAGACAAGCCUAAUCCGCUCUUGUGGGUUGGUGUGAGCCAGCUUCCACACACCAUGCAUGAAUUCACACGUGAAUGACUGUAAACUUCAGACACAUGCUGGGCAGGGGCAGGAUUCUCUUCUUGUUUCCAUUAAAGACCUAGCUAAAGCUUGCAGAUUUAAGGAAAAGGUAAUUUUUGAUUAUUUUCUUUAAAAAUCUCAUAUUUCAAUUAGAGCAGUUGAAUUUUUUUGCCCAGAAAGUACCCUAGUAUUUUUUCUAAUUACCUUCUCGAAUGGCCCAAGGAGUGAAUUAUCCCUGUUGGCUUACUAUCUUUUAUCUAAGAAAAGCAAUUGAUGAGAAUUGCCGUGAGCUACUUACUCAUUUACUAUACACAUAUAUCACCGUUAUACCCCAUGUCAUAUCUCUUUUUGAGAACUGGUGAACAGGAUAUGUGUUCUUCAAUCCAAAUCUGUGUCAUUAGGGAGACAUCUUGGUUGAUGUGAUAAAGUGCCUCAUCACGCACUUCCUGUCUUACUAUACAAGUGGGAGGAAAUCAGUUUUCCCCGUAUCUGUAAAUAGAUGCUU